AUGGAUGUGGAGUUGGUGAAAGGGCUGCUGGAAACCAUCCAAAAUGCAAUGGUUUCAAAUAAGCGGUACGUCAACUUAGCGGUGCCAAUUUUCGACCCGGACAAAAGCAACGACGGAGCAGCUGCCUGGUGCGAAACCUUUAAUAAGUUGGCAGACGAGUUAAAAUGGAGCAGCUUUGAGAAGACUGCAAAAGCUGGUAAGGCUCUUCGGGGCUCUGCAUUAUCCUGGUUUGACACAUGGGAAAACCUAAGACAGGUAAUUCAUGGGAAAAAUUCAAAAAAGAUAUUGUCUGUUUACCCUCAAAGAAAAAAUCUUAGUGAGAAACUGUUAAGUGCUGUGUUAUACACGUCGAAUUCCACAGAUUUUAUGCUAGGGAGAAAUUAA